GUUGUCUCCCUGGCAACGGUGCCCAACAAACUUGGCCAGAGCUGGUCCUGGAGCUCGGCGGGUCCUGAGGGCCAUCCCAAAGCACUGACCAAUGCUACUUGGAUGAAUUCGACCAUCUCCUAGGAGACUUGAAUGUUAAGUUUCUAUAAACAAAGAAAUCAGUUAUUUCAUGUUUGGAGCAAUGCUGAAAUUCCAAGAAGCUGCCAAAUAUGUGAGUGGAUCAAUAGCCGUUUCCAGGUGUCCAAAGACCUUAAUUGCAAGAAGAUAUGUGCUUCAACAGAAGCUCGGCAGUGGAAGUUUUGGAACUGUCUAUCUGGUUGCAGACAAGAAAGCCAAACAAGGAGAGGAACUAAAGGUAUUGAAGGAAAUCUCUGUUGGAGAACUCAAUCCAAAUGAGACGAUGCAGGCCAGUUUGGAGGCCCAGCUCCUUUCCAAGCUGAACCACCCAGCCAUUGUCAAGUUCCACGCAAGCUUUGUAGAGCAAGAUAAUUUCUGCAUUAUCACGGAGUACUGCGAGGGCCGAGAUCUGGACUGUAAAAUUCAGGAAUAUAAAGAAGCAGGAAAAACGUUUUCAGAAGAUCAAAUAAUAGAAUGGUUUAUCCAGCUGUUGCUGGGAGUUGACUACAUGCAUGAAAGGAGGAUACUUCAUCGAGACUUAAAAUCAAAAAACAUUUUUCUGAAAAAUAAUCUGCUUAAAAUUGGGGAUUUUGGAGUUUCUCGACUCUUAAUGGGAUCCUGUGAUGUAGCCACCACCUUAACUGGAACGCCCCAUUACCUGAGUCCUGAGGCUCUGAAGCACCAAGGCUACGACAUGAAGUCCGACAUCUGGUCUCUGGCGUGCAUUUUAUAUGAGGUGUGCUGCAUGAAUCAUGCAUUCCCUGGCUCCAGUUUCCUGUCCGUUGUUUUAAAAAUUGUUGAAGGCAACACUCCUUCUCUCCCUCGGAGAUACCCAAGAGAACUGAAUGCCAUCAUGGAACGCAUGUUGAACAAGAAUCCUUUACUGAGACCAUCUGCUAUAGAAAUUUUAAAAAUCCCUUACAUUGAUGAACAGCUACAGCACCUGAUGCGUAGAUACUCAGAAAUGACUCCAGAAGACAAGAAUUUGAAUUGCCAGAAGGAAGCUGCUCAUAUAAUUAAUGCCAUACAAAAACAGAUCCACCCACAGACUCCGCGGGCGCUCUCUGAAGUGCAGAAAAUGACACCGAGGGAAAGGAUGCGGCUGAGGAAGCUCCAGGCGGUUGAUGAGAAAGCCACCGGGACGAUGAAAAAGCUUAUUGAAGAAAAAUAUGAAGAAAACAACAAACAAAUGCAAGAAUCAAGAUCUUGGAACUUUCAGCAGCUAACUGUUGAUGUACUCCAUGCAUCCGAUGACCCGACUUCGGAGAACCCGCCUGAGUCUCAGCCCAUUCCUUGCCUGGACCUCGGUGUGUUCGAGUCAAGUGUAGAGGACACCAUAAUUGACCUUGGAGAUCAUGGGAUCCCGGAAGACCCACGCAUCGCUGAGGAGUAUUAUGCUGACACGUUUGAUUCCUGCUCUGAAGAUGGUGAGGAAGAGGAGGAAGCAGAAACAGUGUCCUUGGGACUGGAGGAACCGGAGGAGGAUGAGGGCUCCCAGCCUGAUUACAGAGCAAGCCAGCAGGGCAGUGACAUUGAAGCGCUGGUCAGGUGUCUGGAAAGCGUCCUGGGUUGCACCUCUCUAGACUCAAGGACAGUCACCGGUGCAGUUCCAGACACGUCCCCGGGACCAACAAUUUUCAACAGCGCCAUGGCCAGGAUCAAGAUGCAACGCAUGAGGGAGAUCUCCACGAGGCAUUUUUAAGAUGUUCAAAACCGAACCCUUGACUUCUCUACCAAAACUGCUCCCUCCACAGCCAUCUUUGCUGGAAAAAAGGCGGGAUCUAGGAAAGGACACGCCUUUCAGCUCAGUCACUGCCGCCCCUGUGGCUUCAUCUUCUCACGUGAGAAACUGAAACCCUGUAAGGAAGUUGGGGAGCAAUGCCUGUGAUGGUACCACCACGAUUCUUUUAAGUUCUCUCUGCUGGGAGACCCUGGGGCAGACCCAAGUACUGUGGUCAGGAGGAAGGUGUGGAGUGUGGGACAGCAGCUGCUGGAAUUUAUAUCCCUGCUUAUAUUUAUGAGCAUGUGUCCUUGGAAAAGUUACCCAGCCUCCUUGUGCCCGAGCUUUCUUAUCUGUAAAGUGGGGCUAAUAAUGACUCCGGCCUCAUGGGGUUGUUAUGAGGGUUAGUUGAAAUCAUGAGUGUAUGAAAUGUACUUAGGGUAGUUCAUGACACAUAGUAAGUGCUCAGUAAAUGUUAACAGGUUAUAAUAGACUCUCAAUACACAUGUGGUUGCUUCUUCUGAAAAAACCUCCAAGCCACGAAUCUGAAGGUGUUGGCAUGUUAAGUGAUGUGUUACACCUGCAAGUAUCUGUGGUGAAGAAGCUGUGUAUGAAAACAUUUAUUUAGCCUUUUUUUUUACUAUGCAAGAAGAAGUGCCAGUUCUCUUGAAAAUUUUCAUAAAGUUGUUGAAUAUAAAAGCCAACCAUUUACCACCCUUCAGCACUUGGCUUCCUGUCAAGGCCACUUCUUACUCCCGCUGGGAAACCACUCUAUAGAUGAAACUCCCCGCUGGCCACAGGAAGCCUGGCUCUCAGCAGGCAUUAGGUGGUGCCACUCAGAGUCAUUGGAAUGUCAGCAGAAGCACAAGAAAUCAGCAUUGAUUUCCUCUCUGGCUGAGUAAUGUCCAUGUACAUUUGAAGAGAAGUUUCUGU